CGAGACACCCGUACUCCCCUGCAGCUCCUCCCUCCCGAUCUCCUCCUUUCCCUUGUUCUCGAUCACCCAAGCCCUCGUCCUUACGAUCCCCAUGGACGGCGAGGGGGGCAGCGGCGGCGGAACCCUUUCGGAGAUCUACCAGAGCGCACGUCGCCUCCUCCUGCGCGCGAGGGAUGGGCUCGAGAGGCUCGAACGGCUCGAAUCCUCCUCCUUCUCCUCCUCCUCAUCGUCGCCCUCGCUCGGGGUCGGCGCCGAUUCGCCCGAGCUCGCCUUCGCCAUCAAGAGGGAUAUCGCCCAGAUCCGGUCACGCUGCGCCGAGAUGGAUCACCUCUGGCGAUCCGUCGCUGCCAAGGGCCAGCGGGAUCUCUGGAAGAGAAAACUGGAACAGCUAGCAGAAGAGGUUGACUCGCUGAAGGAGAGUCUUGACAAGCAUUUAAUGCGCCAACAAAAGCGAAUGGUCGAAGCUAAAGAAAGGGCAGAGUUACUGGAAAGAGCAAAUGGGGACUCCUCUCACGUUCUGAGGAUAUUUGAUGAGGAAGCACAAGCAAUGCAAUCAGCUCGAAACUCCUCCAUAAUGCUUGAGGAAGCUUAUGCCACUGGAGUGGCUAUUCUAUCGAAGUAUGCCGACCAGAGGGACCGCUUGAAGAGAGCACAAAGGAAAGCGUUGGACAUCCUUAAUACGGUGGGUCUGUCUAAUUCUGUCUUAAAGCUUAUUGAGAGGCGUCAUCGUGUAGACAAAUGGAUUGCUUAUGCCGGUAUGAUCAUUACGAUUGUGGUGGUAUAUGCAUUUUGGAGGUGGACACAUUGACUGUAAUUAUUAGUGUGAUAUCUGAGAGAACCAGCAAACAAUUGUUACUGAGGAUGGUACUCGGAAUAUUCAUUUGGACUUUCCAUUGGCCGAUUGUUGAAGUUGUAUCUUCGCAAAACUAGUCUUUAUAUGUAGGUUUUUAUCAUUUUUUUUUUGAAAA